AUGGUAUCCAAGGUGCUGUACUUGACUGCACUCUGCUUACUCACUCUGAAAUUCUCAAGAACAUCAACAUCCAGCAAACAGUACAAAUCAGUUGGAUUUAUUGUUGAUCUGGGAUCAAGAAUGACUUCUCGUCUCAUUCAACAACUAGAACAGGAGUUACAGAUAGCGCUCCAAGGAAAUAUGCGGAAUGUUUCCAAAUACGUUCUAGCCGUAGUUUCUCGUCAAGGUACGCAUCGCAUGUUCACGUCCAGAUCAUCAGAAGAGCUCUCUCGCAAUCUUGAUAUACUGAAGUACGUGAACACGACGUUCGUGUGCAGGGAAGCCAUUGCGUCUACUCUUCUGGAAGUUGCUAACGCUGUAAGCAGUCACCCUCCUGCUAUACUGUUCUUUUUCACAGCUGGAGGUCUAGAGUUGACCAGACGGGCUUCCGCUCAAGCGUUGGCUCGGCUGUCUAAUGUAGGAGUGCAGUUGACGGUCGUCGUACUAGACACACUUAAGCAGACUGCAAGAGAAACCUACUGGUCGCAUAACUUAAUGAACCAUUCUGACUUGAAUUCUUAUCUGCACCUAGACAAGUCGGAAAUGCACACAAUCAACAGAUUACUAGACAUGCUCACCUCUAGAGUUCAAUCUCAUCUACUGCACACUGAAGAUUUGCCAGUGGGCAACAGUACAGUUGAGCUCCAACUCAACAACCAAUAUGAUUCAUUACUUGUUACGUCAAACGGAAGACUGGAGUCAGUUGCUGUGCAGACGGAAGAUGGAGAGACUCUUGCAUUUCUACCUACCAUUAACUUAACACACGGUUUUGCUGGAUUAGUUUCUCAAAUUUUCUCUCCUGGUCUUUGCUUGCUACAUUUUGUGACUAGUUCUAGAGCCAUUGUGACUGUGAGAAGUGAGCUUCUAUUGAGGUCACCAAGAUUUUGUGGAGAACUGGAUGAUGUCUGCUUCAAAACAACCACAUAUUUUAGUCCUGUGAAAGGAGCGCUUUAUUAUGUAAUCUCAACAUCAGACAUCGCUUUUGAGAGAUAUCAAGUCAGUCUUGGCUGCAAGGACUGCAUCUACGACAUGGUAGCUACCACGCGUUUCCUAUACACUGAAACACGUGUUCAAAUUCCAAUUUCGCCGUUUCAUCUUGACAUUAUCUCACCUGAGAAAAGUACUCGCUACAAGAUCAGACCUGUGGAUUUAGCUAUUCGUUCUUCAUUGUUUCAUCGUUUUGUUUUGUACGAUGGCCUCUGUAAUCAGCAGACGCUGGCUCAUGAGCAACCUGAACCUAUGCAAGAGCAUGCCCCUUACGACUCGGAAGGUGCUCCCAGGGCUCUUUUGAGGUCCUCUGUCAUUGCAGUGAAUUCAGGAGAAACGUUGCAGCUGAUUUGCGCUACAAGUAGCCCCGCCAACUUCAAUACAUACAGCUGGAAUUUUCCCACUUCGAUCGAAUCUCUAGCAAGCGAUGAGAACAACAGACGAGUACUUACCAUUACUAAUGUAACAGUUCGGCACGAAGGAGACUAUCGUUGCAAGGUUAAGAACUCAAAAGGAUAUGCAGAGCUCAACUUUAGCGUUGCCGUUCAAGGUCAGUUAUUUCUCAUUCCUAGAAACAUUUGGUGA